CAAAUAUUGCGCAGAUUGUCAUGAUUAUUACUGCUCGGAUUGUGUAAAAAUUUCAUGAGGAUAUUCCAGCACUGUCUGGACAUAAGAUUCUAGAUAAAGGUCAAGUCAAUGAUGGAACUAGCGGAACUUUGCCUGUAGCACCAACCCAAAGAUGCGAGAGACACGGGUUUAAACCUGUAGACAUGUAUUGUCAAGGUCACGAUAACGUUGGUUGUUCUACAUGUAUGGCAGUAGAUCACAGGUCUUGUAACGAUGUUUUCUACGUGCCUGAGUACGUCUUAGAUCAUGACCCAACACGUCAAUGUGAAGACCUUCAACAGAAAAUGCUAGCUGUUACCGGUGACAUUGAAUUUCAGCUGAAAAUUCGACAACGAGAAAUUAAACGUCUGUUUCAGCGGAAAAAAGAAGAAGUUGAAAACAUAAAACAGUUCCGGAUUGACAUCAACGAGAAACUUGACAAUCUUGAAAAGAAAAGCAUUGAUAACAUAGAAGGUAAAUACAAAGCAUUAAUCAAGAAGUUUGAAGAGCAAAUUACAAUUCUGACAACUUUCCAGACCGAUGUUCAGACUUCAGCAGCAGAUAUUAUAUCCGCCUCAUCAAAUGUGUCGCAAAAAUUUGUGGGAAUGAAAGUAGCUUACUCAGUUACAGAAAAAGCAGACAAUGGUUUAAAAAAGAAAGCAGUGGAAUUCAAAAGAUUUGAUGUAAUCUUUGAACAGCAACCGAAGUUGAUGUCAAUGAUAGAUCAAAUGGACAUAUUGGGAGAAAUUGUGGAAAAAACUGCUUUAUAUAGGCUAGGGGAAAAGAGGGAGAUUAGUAUGAAACAUGAUUCAGACUCGAACUCCUGUUAUGAUAUACGCAGUAUAUGUAAGCUUAAGGAUGGCUGUGUGAUUAUCGCUGAUUACAGUAAAAAAAGCUUAAAACGUCUUGACUUGGCCUCUUCCAAAAUAAUAGAUGUAUGUCAACUUUCGAGUUCCGCGUGGCAAAUUUGUGAAGUUGACAAUGAGAUAGCUGUAUCCUCCUAUUUUGAGAGUAACAUUGACAUAGUAACUACAGAAGGACCACUAAAAGUAGCACGGGAAAUCAAAACCGCUCAUCAUUGUUUUGGCUUAGGGUACAGAAAUGGGAAAAUUUAUGUAACUGAUACAAACAAGACUGUUUAUGUCUACAACAAGACAGGGACAAUACUGAUACAAUUUUCCAAAGAUCAGUCAGGUGACGACUUGUUUAGCAAUAUCUUCAGUCUUACAGUGAGUCAAGAUGGUGAGAUGAUAUAUGUUGCCGAUAGUAAACAUGGCCUUGUAGUACUUAGUAAGGAAGGUAAAUUACACGGAAAAUAUAAGCCUUCCAACCUAAGAAUUGCGAGAGAGAUUUGUGAAACAGACAGUGGAGAUAUACUUGUUUGUGGAGAUACAAGUAACAAUAUUGUACAAUUUUCUCCAAAUGGUGAGGUGGUAGGAGAAAUACUUUCAUUAGAUGGUCAAGCCGGAGGUUGUCGGGCGGCUUGCUUUGAUCGCAAUCACAUGAGACUUAUAGUUGGACGAGGUAGCCGGGAUUAUAUAGAAGUUUACGAUAUGCAGUGAACAAUAAAGAACAAAUGAUAUCUAAACUUUCAUGGCAGUAAAUCAAUAACUGACUUAUUAAUCAAAUUUCAAGACAUUUGUAAUGAUAUUCUCUUAAGAUAAUCUUAAGGAAAAUCUUACUCAAAAUGAAUGAACAUUCAUUCAUUUAUACAUUUCAUCCUAGAAUUGAUAUUUAAUUAGUGUAAAAGAUAACUCUUCAUAAAAAUAUCAGUGUAAAAGAUAACUCUUCAUGAAUUUUAUAAAAGCUAAUUCUAAAAUAAUUAAGAUAUAGUAAAAUUGUA